AUGCAGGCCUCGUCGUGGCUGCUUUUCGCGCUGCUCUCGAAUGUGGCUGUUUCAUCCACGUUACCACGACAAUUGCAAUGGUCUUCCAAGACGUAUGGCCCUGACGGACCUUGGCACGCUGUCUCGAUCUAUCUAGGAAGUAAUAAACAACCUCUUGACCUUUAUCCUGGGAAUACAUGGCAUUCGAAUAUCUUGGGGUCAUCUAUUUGCACGGACGUUGUGCCUUGCUAUGCCCAACAAGCUGGUGUUUACAACCCUUCAGCGUCCACUUCGGCUUUAACCUUCACGUUUGUUGGUGAUAUUGAACAGGUCGAUUGGACUUCGGGGGCCAUGCCAUUAACAGGGACUCAUGCUGUCCAAUUUGACACCGCGAUCGUUCCUGCCCCCGAUUUGGUUGCUCCUGCCACAAUUCCCAAUCUGUCUUUGCAGGUCAUACCAAAUGCGUACUAUACACUACCGAAUGGAACCACUUAUCCACCAGAAGUUGGAACACUCGCUUUGGGCGCAGAGUCGGUCAACCAGACUUAUCCUGUUGUAGACUCAGUGAGCAAUUUCAACGCGAGUCUUAUUUCGGGCUACCUCUAUGAGGCUGGCCAACUUGCAUCCAAUUCCUAUGGGCUUCACAUCGGAUCAGUGGCGCUUGGCAUACCGCCCUCAGCAUUAGUCGGAGGAUACGAUCAAUCUCGAGUACUAGGCGUUGUUACUGCGCAAAGUUAUCAACUGUACAACUUACCCAUCGAUCUUCUCGAUAUUGGCAUCGGGGUUGCUGAGGGAGGAUCACCAUUCGCAGACGCAUCUUUCUCUGGAUUACUCGCCCAAGGAAACUCCUCCAUUGGGAGUUCUAUCCCCGUCUUGAUUGAAGCAACAAUACCUUACCUUUACCUUCCCGGCAGUACCUGCGAUGCUAUCGCGGCACAACUUCCCGUUACGUUCAAUUCGGAUUACGAUUUAUAUUUCUGGAACAUAACUGCUCCUAAUUAUACACGUAUAGUGACUUCACCAGCAUAUCUCAGCUUCACAUUUCGCCUCAAUCAAAGCAACUCGCAAAACAUGACCAUCAAAGUUCCCUUCAGCCUUCUAAAUCUGACGUUACAAGCGCCUUUGAUUAACACGCCAACACAGUAUUUUCCCUGCAGGCCAUUGACAGACGCUGGAAGUUACACGCUAGGACGAGCCUUCUUGCAAGCAGCAUUUGUUGGGGUUAACUGGCAGACGGAUCUGAAUGGUGUCUGGUUUCUGGCGCAAGCACCGGGACCGAAUACGCCGUCAACAGCUAUUGUGACUUCCAUCGGGUUUUCAGACACGAAUCUCACCACCUCAUCGAAUCAGUGGAUCGACAGCUGGAAAGACUCCUGGACAGUCCUCGACGAGGGAACUUCAGGCACUGGCGGUGGAAGCUCAGGCACUAAUGGUACCACUCCUGGCAACCAAGCUGUGUCGAAAUCCAAGAGCCUCAGUUCGGGAGCUAUCGCUGGUAUUGUUAUUGGAGUCGUUGUUCUUAUUGCUGCUGUUGGGGCAUUGGCAUACUUUUGCUUCCGGAGAAGAAAUCACAUUGUUCAGUUGAAAGGGAGAUCUGUCGAGCUCGUCCAGAGCGGUCCUGGUGGCACUCAGUGUUAUUGA